AUGGACUCCCUGUUUCAAUCACCCGAUAUUUUCGCCAAGGCUGAUCAGCUCAAAGCACUCAAGAAAAGAAAACAUAAAGCUAAGGUCUUACUCGAUGAAACUCGCAAGCCAUGGAAGGCACAUCAGUCUUUUGGGUAUACCUUCUGGGUACACGCCUUCACCAUGGAGGCGAUUCGACUCGAAAGAUCCAAACUAGACCGCGAGAUUGACACUGAUAAAGCAAAGGCUUAUUUGGAGCAGAUCAGGGCGCGAGAGCAGUCCCUCAAGAUCUACGAAGGGUGUGCUCAAAGAAGACUCGACACAUCCUGUACGAGAUUACUCACCACUUCUAAGAUCGGCUCAACUAUGAAGCUCGGCGCAGAACAGUAUAAAGUGCAGCGAUCUCAGUUCCGGGCCAAGUUUGUUAAAAAGUAA